AGACCGUCGUCCUGUUGGGUCUUCCUUCUCUUGCUUCCUCUUGUGGACGCUCCGGUGAACAAAGCAGAGUAGGAUAGCAAGAGCAGAUAGAAGGGGAUUUAUGUGGGCGGUUGCCGUACCCCUAUUGGUCUUCUUCCGCUUCCUGUUAUCCGCAAACGAAGGACAACCAGUUCUCGAGAGGUUUGGCCGUCCUUCUUCUUCUUCGGCAGUGUGCAUGAAACAGAGGCUUCUGUGCCUGGUCUCCAUGCGCUUCAUGCACAUCUGGGCUGGUUUUGGUUUCGGAGUGAAGUAUUUCGGUUUCCUGCACAUAGAUCGGUGUUCCAUCCUCGCCCUCACAUAACAGCAGGAGUUUCUUUCAAGGUGCCGUAUUCCUCGCGUUCAGAGUCUCGAAUUGACGCUGGUUGUAGUUCUGUUGCAAAGAAGAAAGGUGAAGGAUGUUUGCUCUGUGCGAAGGCAGGACGAGGAGGAAGAGGAAAACGAAGAGAUUGGAUCGGUUGGACUCGUCCGAUUCCGAUCGGAUGAAGAAAUCGCAAGGAUUGUCAUCUUUCCGGCCCAAUUCCAGGAAGCAUUUGAACGGCCUGAUCGGGUCGGGGAAGGCCGCUAGAAAGGUUCGCAUCUUUUUUGCCGACCCGGACGCCACGGACACCUCCUGCAGCGAAGACGAGGAGGACAAGUUUGGGACCGAAUCGAAGAGGAGGAAGCGAGUACUGUACGAGAUUCCUUUGUCCCCUGCAGCUAAAACCCUAGAGAUCGAAAGGGUAUCACAGCAUAGGGCGCCGAAAUCGCUAACGUCGUCGUCCUCAGUCGCUUCGGGGAGGUAUAAGGGUGUCCGUCAGAGGCGGUGGGGGAAGUGGGCGGCGGAGAUCAGAGACCCCAUCCGCGGCGUCCGCCUCUGGCUCGGAACCUACGCUACCGCCGAGGCAGCGGCCGAGGUGUACCGGGCGGCCGCGAGGCGUAUCGAGGAGGAGAAGCGCAGCCUGCUCCACCAUCGCCGCGGGCCUUCCAAUGACAGUGCAGGGUCUGUCUCGUCCUCCUGCAUGUCGGCACCCGCCGGGGUACCACCCUCCCCAUCCUCCGUCCUCGACAUCUCCUUGGCCGCCAAGCCCAAGGGGAGACCCGCCGCGGAAUUGUUGGAGGAGCUCUCGAUGCCGGAAAUGGAGUUUGGGCUCGACGAGGAGCCCUUUUUGGUGGGCGAACUCGGCGAGGAUGCGAUCGGCCUCGAUGAUCUGCCGCUCAGUGAGCACCAGUUCGACGGUGACGAUUUCUCCUUCCUCGAUUCCUAGUCGGAGCCCCCAAAACGGUUCAAGAUUAAAAGCGUAUGCCAUUUCGUAUGCGGAUGGCAGUUAAGUAAUUAUGUAAACAUGAUUUAUGAAGGAGUACGUACGUGUUCAUGUCGUAGCUCUAAGAAUUAGUCGUAGUUAAGUUGGAUGUCGUUGGCGAUUUCUCUCAAAUAAAUGUAUUCCAAGGUCCGAUUUCAGUGGGAAUCUUUGGUAUCAUCUGCCGGGCUUGUCAAGUACUUAUAAACCCAAUCUUUGCUAUGAUUGGGUUUAUGAAUUUUAAUAAUGUUAUAUAUUUAUACUUAA